UAAAAUUAAAACAUGACUCUAUAUGAAAAUUUCAAUACUUCCAAUCAAACAUCACCGCAUUUUGAAAAACACGAGAACUUCGUUAUCGACUUGAAAUCUCCUGGCUGUACUGUUGUUCAAACACUCAAUUUCGAAGACCGUUGCAGAUUUGUAGAAACUACACUUGAAUGUCAUGAAGAAGCUCAACUUGUUGACUACACACAUUUCUUCUAUUGCACCAUCAAUGCCAAACACUGGACCGAAGAAGCUUUUGGAGUUUUCUUGCUAUUUCUGGUUUGCCUCUAUAUGUUUGCCUUUGUUGGAACAACAACUGAUAAAUUUUUCUGUCCACCUUUAAAAAUGAUAACGAAAAAGUUUGGAAUAAGUCAAAAUUUUGCCGGAGUAACUCUUUUGGCAUUUGGAAACAGUGUUCCUGACAUAGUUUCUGGCUUGGUUGGUGUUACUGGUGAUGUUGGAACAAUGUAUUCGGAUUUGAUGGGAUCAGCAAUGUUCAUUACAGCCUUCAUCGCUGGUGUAAUAGUUUAUUUGAAGCCAAUGCAAGUCGAGGCUACAACUUUUACUCGAGAUAUCGGCUUUCAUAUUCUAGCUGUAGCUUAUAUUGAUUAUGCUAUCAAGAGUGACAGAUUUGUAUCAAUCACUGAAAGUAUAGUUAUUCUCAGCAUUUAUGGUUGCUAUUUUACAACUGUCAUCAUGGAUCAAGUGAUACUUGUUCGAACAUUGAAAAGUCUUGAAAGGAAGCUGAAACAGCAAGAUAAUAUUACUGAAACUCAAGCCCAAAGACUGAAGAAACUCCAAGAAGAAGCUGGAAUUGAGAUAGUUUUCAAGCCCCGGCCUGGUAUUAAAAUUUACAUUGGCGAAACAGCUGAAACUACUAAUAGAACAAAUGAAAAAAUGCUCUUACAAUUCUUAAAUUCUUUGAAUCCAGUUGAUAUGGAUGAUUGGCGACAAAGUGGAUUGAUUUCAAGAACUUUUGUAGUUUUGAAAAUUCCGAUUAAUUUGUUUCUUUGUAUUCUGGUGCCAGCGGUAGAUUUUAAUCUUGAACAAGAUGGAUGGUCAAAAUUGUUGAAUUGUCUACAAAUUGUAAUAAUGCCUGCGGCAAUUUGUGCUAUAACAGUUAGUGAAUAUACAAUCUUUGGAUUUUCAUGGCCAAUUUUUACAAUGUUUCUGACCACACCAAUUUGUAUUGUGGUGUUUUGUGUUACCCGAACUGAUAAACGUCCAUCGUUUCACAUUUUUUUUGCAAUAUUUUCAAUGGUUGGUUCUAUUUUCCUCGUAAGGAUAUUUACAAAGGAAAUCAUUAAUGUACUUGAUGUUUUGGGAAUUAUAACUUUUAAUAGUCAAUCGUUUUUGGGUUGUACUUUCAUGGCUUGGGGUGAUCAGAUUGGGGAUUUAAUUGCAUCAAUUGCUAUAUCUCAGCAAGGUUAUCAGAAGAUGGGAUUUGCAGCUUGUAUUGCUGGUCCAUUAUUUUAUCUCACUAUUGCAUUGGGUGGGACAUGUUUAUACAAAACACUACAAAAUGAAGAUCAUGUUUUCUUGGUACCUCAAGGAUCAAUGGGCGAAAAUUGUACCAUAUUUUUGAUGCUCAAUUUAAUUGGACUUUUAUUUGCAGCCACUUCUACUAAUUUUUACGUUAGAAAAUCAAUUGGAAUUAAUUUAAUAAUAACUUAUGGAAUAUUUUUACUUUAUUGUUUGUUGGGUGAAUAUCAAUUGAUUCAUCCUUUUGGUACAGAUCAUUCAGAAGAUUAUGGAUUAACUUAUUUAUAGUUUUCUUCUUUAUUCUGUAAUUGUUUAAUCAUAUUAAAAAUUGAAAACAAAA